CAUGUCGAUAGGACAGGGGUGUCAAACAGGCGGCCCUCCAGCUGUUGCCAAACUACAAGUCCCAUCAUGCCUCUGCCUUUAGAAGUCAUGCUUGUAACUGUCAAGCUUGCAAUGCCUCAUAGGACUUGUAGUUUGGCAACAGCUGGAGGGCCGCCAGUUUGACACCCUUGCUCUAUACCAGGGGUGGGCAACUGUGGCCCUCCAACUGUUGAACUACAAGUCCCAUGAGGCAUUGCAAAACUGACAGUUACAAGCAUGACUCCCAAAGGCAGAGGCAUGAUGGGACUUGUAGUUCACCAACAGUUGGAGGGCCACAGUUGCCCACCCCUGUCCUA